UCCAACAUCUGUGUGACUACGUAACCUCCUAUUUACUGAAUUGUGUCAUUGAUCACUACGUUCGCUUUUCUAUUUCUGUAUAUCGCAAUACCUCCCUCCUUCACACCUCGGCGAACGCGAUCCCUUAUCCCAAGCUAGUCCCAAAAGUCGCCCGUGCCCGGUACUCCAUAUAAGCGGUCUGCAAAAAGUUGACACUCAACACAAAGCUCGGCCACCAUAUGGCAUCGUCAUCAGGGCUUACCCGCCGAAGAGGUGGAGGUGGAGGCAUCGAUGGCGAGGAUGGCAGUCGCGUCAGUUCUCCUGCGCCUAAGAGACCAGAAGACAGGGCACCGGAAACAUCAUACGAAAGUUCAGAGAACGGACACAAGAUCGCAUUCGACCCACGGGAUAUUAGUGAAAAUGCUGAAAGAAGCAAACAACCCAAGCUCACAUUGAUGGAGGAAGUGCUGCUUAUGGGCCUCAAGGACAAGCAGGGCUAUCUGUCGUUCUGGAACGACAACAUCUCAUACGCUCUUCGUGGUUGCAUCGUAAUUGAGCUUGCGUUACGUGGUCGUGUGAGCAUGCAAAAAGACUCCUCCCGACGUCGUUUCCCCCUGGCCGACCGCGUUAUUGAGGUGGUAGAUGAUACCCUCACCGGCGAGGUGCUACUGGACGAAGCGCUCAAAAUGAUGAAGUCCAGUGAAAAGAUGAGUGUGAAUUCGUGGAUAGAUCUUAUGAGCGGAGAAACUUGGAAUUUGAUGAAGAUCGGCUAUCAAUUGAAACAAGUUCGCGAAAGACUGGCGAAAGGGCUCGUUGACAAAGGCAUUCUGCGCACGGAGAAACGCAACUUCUUACUCUUUGAUAUGGCUACACAUCCUGUCGCAGAUGGGGGUGCUAAAGAAGAGAUUCGUAGGCGUGUUCGCAACAUUCUCACCAGCCGAACAGUCGUCCUACAAGGAAGCCAAUUUCUGCCUGAAGAAACCGAGUUCAGAUACCUACGAACUAUCUCGAUGGUAUGUGCUGCUUAUGCUGCCAAUGUUCUGGAAAAUGCUCUUUCGACACUAGGACACGAAGCUAGAGAACGGGCAUUUGCACAAGUAGAUGAACUCCUUGCAGAAUACUCACAAUGGCCUUUCACUCGAAGGUCUGGAGGCUCCGGCGGUGUUGGCGCGAACCUCGCGCAGGUCGUCAACGAGGAGAUCAACAAUAAUAAGGACAGAGAGCUUCAAGUCGAGGUCGUCGCGGCAUGCUUAAGCGUUUUCACUCGCCUUGACUCCCUUCUCUAAGCGGCGACUACAUUUCUAUAGGCACUAUCUGUGCAUCAUAGGAAGGACCUCUUAUUUGAGGGCAUUUCGAUAUGAGCCAAAAUCAAAUCUAAGAGGCAUAAUAGAUGUACACUCGGGUCAGUCCUUCUAAGGCCUUCUUUUGGGGACUAGGAACCUUUGGCGGGACAAGCAUGUUCACUGGGUACAACUAGGCCUCGAGACAUAUUUCACGGUGGUUCCUCUUCUAGAUUGCAAGUGUUUGCAGUAUGGUUCCGCAAGGCGCCCGGGGCAAAUGGCGAUUCGUCCGGUGUAUUACGUAUGGAGCAGAACUUGUUACCAGUCCCGUCGCUCACCGUGAUAUUGUAUGACUGACUUACUAUGUGUUCGUUCUUGGCAC